AUGCACUCGUCCGAGUCUUUUCGCGCCUCGUCGCGCUCGGUUCCACGACGACGCUGGGACCCUGACACGAGUGACGACCGCGGACGCAGCACCACCUUGUUCUCUUCUUCUUCUUCUUCAUCUGUGAAAGACUUUAGCCAGGCGCUCCCCCAAUACGCUGCAACAGAGAGGUACCGGCACCCCAUGAUGAGUCGGGACGUUGUUGCUGGUUUUCCUGCAGUAGAUCAUACAACACCUCGUCGCUGCUGGCCCUUGUCUACAGAGACGUCGCCACCGGGGUACGACUAUCCGCUCAAUGACGAAUCCAUUGGCCCGUACGACUCGAGACCGUCGUCGUCGUCGUUAUUGAUGGAUUAUCGCAAAGGGGGAGGCACUCCACAUGGAUAUCGAGCAAGUGACCAGGUCAACGUUCAAGCAGUACAGGACUCGCCUGCCGGAGAUCAUGAUCGGACAUCGAGAGCUUUCCAGAUGGACUAUGACCUUGAGCCCCAGCACAGUCAAACGGAGCUGCAACGCUUUUUGGAGUCGAGAGGAUCGUACCGAGCCAUGAGCGGUGUUCCACGACAAAGUGCUGGUCACCAGGAGCUCUACGCUCGAGAAAUGAGGGGGAGAGAAGAACCACCGGACGAUGUCCAAUUAUUUGACCACCCGACUCGACUCACAAGUCUUCCAAGGAGUCUGCCGUCCCCUUCGUUGCUGCCUUUUGGAUCACUCUCGAGUGAUGCAACGAGAGAAGUGCAAAGCCGACGCUACAGUGUCAUGUCGCCCCCGACUGCGCACAGUUUUCGAUUCGGGGAGCUGCGGUCGGACGAGAUGCCGCUCGAACCUGCUACGGUAAAUCUGUAUCCAGUUGAAGCGUCAGGUGCUGGAGCGCCCGUGUCUCGACGACACGAGCUCACGCAGGAGCCGGAUUUAUCUCGACAGCGCGCGCAUCACCCCAUACUAAGAGGACCUCAUUAUGGCGAACAUCCGGACAACAAUGAGACAGUGCUGGCCGACAGACGACCAUCGCUUGGUCCAGAGUUGUCUCGUGUCCGACUUGAUACUGAAAGUCGACCAAUGUACAAAGACAUGGCUCUUGCGUCGUCCGCAAAUACUCGUAGAUCCCAGCACGACGACUACAGGAACCUCUUACCAAGUGGCGGUGCGCGUUCUAUUGCCGGCUUGUCGUCGGAGCCACUACGACAACAUAGUCGAGUCAUUGCACGUCCGCAAACGGGCAAGCGACCACGACCACAUGACCCAUUCAUGUAUGCGCGUACAGAAGACUUGACUAUGACACGGCAAAGACCGAGAGCCACGAUGGCUUCUACUAUCCUUCCUGCUGCUAUUUCCGGUAUUGCAUCGCUCUACGGAAAAGAAGAGGAGACACAACCUAAGCGCCGCUGCGGUCGCAAGAGUAUGAACUACUCAUCCGAGCAAAAGCGCGAGCGCAAUCGUGCAGCUGUGAAGAAGUGUCGACAGCGUCAGGCUCUGAAACUGGAAUAUCUACGGCAUAAGGCCGAAUCGCUGACAGCCGAGAACCAUGCUCUCUCGGAGAUGCUGCUCCAGGAUGCAGAGUUGGACGAAGGACAGCGCGCUUCGUUGAUGCGCGGUAUUCAGAUGGACAUUUUGCUCAAACUUAAGGAGAUUUUCACGCAGAGUCUGCCCAAAGAUUUUGUGCUUGACGCAGACUCGAUCUGGGAUCUGGACUCGGUACUGACCGUAUCGAUGCCGUCGCGUUGCUACUAUGGCGUCGAGAGCAUCAAGGAUUUCUGGCGAACUUCGUUGCGUAUGCGCAACAAGGGCAAGAUCCGUUCGUUCUGGGCGUGGCUGUUUCGUCUUCCACCAGGUGACCGCUUUUCAAAGUUUGAGAUCCAGCCGUUUUCACCGACCUCGAAUCUGUACUUUGUCUCGUGGACGACGAAAUCAAGCCCGUCGUUGGCUGGAUCGAUGAUAAUCAUGUUUGGUGAUGGUCACCGCGUUACACUCCACGUCGAGUGCUUUGGCUGGCUCAUUUGGCGGUACUUGCUUACGAACAAGCCGUUUCCGGAUACAUCGUUGGAUUGA